GAGGCACACGGCUGUGGAACAGCUAUUGGGAAUUGUCACCUCGGGACAGGAGGGCUUUGACCGGGCCUUCCUAUAGGAGGCUCUGUUGGAGCGCAUGAAAGAGGACGGCCCGAGGUGGUGGCUGCAACAUUGAAGGCUCUGGAGCUCUUUCUUGAUCCAGAGGACACUGUUUCAUGUCUACUCACUGCUGCCAUGCGUAGACCUCUCAAAGGCUGGGAACUGGUGUCCACAGUCGGAGGCAGUGAGGGUUCUGGAGGAACCCAGACUGGUUGAUGGGAUCUCUUGAUCUGAGGGCCCGUGUCGUCAGGAUCUAUUGCCCUUCCUUGUGGUCAUCUCGGCCCUGCCGGACUCCCCAGACCUCCAGAUGGCCACUUGUGUGGCCCAGUCUCCACCCUCUUAUACCAGCACCACCGCACUCAGGGCUGGGCCCAUGCACUCAAGGACGUGAUGGAGAGGAUUUCUCAGCCAACCAGCAUCUCAACACUGACCAAGAACCUGUCUAACAUGGACCCCUUCUCCAAACGCAAUGCUAUGAGUGAUUAGUAAACAUUUGUUGGCGUAUCCAAAGUACCAUUUGAAACAAACUUGCCUUUCUUUCCUGAAACUGAUAUGAUGAUUUUUUGGAUCUCUGCGGCCUAGCUCAGCUGGUUGAAGCUGGCUGGUGUGGUAGUGGUCCAGCGGGGCAGCCUGUGGGAGAGGGCAGUGUUCAUGGUGCCGAGCCAGACCUUACUGCAGGGCCUGGGGGACGUGAGUGGGACCCAGCACCUCCACACCGCCCAGUGUGUCUACUCCCUGCUGGAGCCUUCAAUGCUGGAACUUACCCAGAAAGACAUGCCUCAGCAGGAGGAUAUUCCUGGAAGAGUACCUGGAGUACCUGUAGAGGGCAGGGCAGAGAGACAGCGUAUGGGGUGCUGCUGGUGUCACUGCUUAGAGGACUCUUAUCCAGUCUCAAGUGCCACGACGCUUCCUUCAAUAAUGUUCCUUUUCCGAAAGCAAUUGGCUGCAUAUUGUUUUUCAUCAUGUUCAAGUAAAGGCCUGGAUAUCACCAGUUACUUUAGCCACUUGGUCACACACUGAGUAAGAAGGAAGGAGGCUUCCUCUCUGGAUUUCCUGUCAAGUGAGACAUGGUGGAACCCAGAGAAGCUGGACACCAACACGUGCUGCAACCGCCGACUGCUGUGUCGUGUGUUUGAUGUCAUCGUCGCUGGGGCACGCCAGGGGCCCAUUGCAGCCAGCUUCAGGGCCCUGAUGACGCUACUUUUCUAGGUACUGAAACUUGAUAUGUUACACAAUGGAUUUCAGUGCACAGACGGAUGCUUCACUCAACUCACUGGCGUAUAGCAUCAGUCGAAGGAUAGUCCAUCGUUCCUCUAGUCCCAGGUCCACCUGAGUUAUCCCCUUGAGCUCUUCAAGUUCCUGUGCCUGGUGUGAGGCUACGGCAGUAACCUAGGAGACCAGCUGGACUGUAAGAUCAAUGCCAUCCUGCAGACCCAGGCCCUCUGUGGGCAGCGCCCUCCUCAGCGCCCAGCCAGGGAAGACCCUCACACUGCUGGCAUCGGGCUCAUCACCAGGUAGCCUUAUUGGUGUAAUCUAUAAUUUAACCAGACAUGGAUCAUUUCAUUGUAUUUCAUGUAUAGAGUUUGGCACAGUCUGAAAAUGACCUGGCGUUUAUCAGUGGUCUGGGGUGAGAGAACUGUCUACAGUAUUGUGGUACGUUAAGCUUAUUGCCUGCUCUGUUUGUGACGUAAUAAAACUCACAAUCACUGCAGUAGAAGACAUUUCAACAAGUGUCUGUAGUAUUACUGGUGUAUCAGUAACAAAGUUGUAAAUGUUUCUUCCCUGCUCUCCCUGCUGCUCUCCCUGCUGGCCUGUCUGAGCUCCUCUGUCUGUGAGGUGAGGAGGGCAGCCACAGCCACCCCACAGACCCUGGCCCAGGUGGACAGCUCUCCCUUUCACCCCACCAUCGACAGGCGGGUGAGGGCCAUGAGGAAGUUCUGUGAGGAGGCUGUAACAGGGACAGGCAAGGCCCGGGACAAGACCUGCUAGUGGGGUUGGAGGAGCUGCCGCUCAGUGGUCAGCUGGCCAGCUGCCCUGCCUACACCUCCAAAACCAUACUGAGGGCUCUGGGAGACCGGCGCCUGCUGGGGCAGAGCGGGCCGGGGGAAACCCACCAUUCUAAAGGACAAAGGCCCUGCUCAUGCAGCUGGUCCUGGGGAAGUACAAUGAACAGGCAGCCCCCCACCUGAUUAAGGACCAGGCCUGCAUGGAGCUCUUCAUUGAGGCCCUGGGCACGGUGUCUAAACCCUACCCUGAUAUCCCCUGCUUCCAGAUCAUCGCCCUAUAACAGGCAUUCUACUCAUCCCUGUGAGAUGAGAAGGUCCAGCAGAGACUCCUGGGGAUUUGACCCAGCAGGAGUGCUGUCUGUGCCCAGACCGUUGUCCGUGUCUUCAAACGGGAAGGCCAGGACACUUCUCAGGCAGUGCCAGAAGAGGGUGCUGUGUCCUGGGAGAGGGUGACUCUCAUCCUAGAGCUGCUGCAGCACAAGAAGAAGUUGCAGAGGCCUCAGAUGCUAGUUCCUGCUCUCCAGCCUCCUCUCGUGCCUGGAGACUUCAACCGUGGAGCAAGACAACCUAGAGUACGCCCAAGCAUGUAGGCCAUGUCUGUUCAACGUUAACCAGAAGCUCUCCCCCGACAGAGGACCCGUCAGCAAAGGCUGAUGCCGGCAGUGCUGCAGACUCUAGACAUCACCUCUUUCCUCUCUACUAAUGAGAUCUACAUGCUGAGUGCCGUUACAGCCCUGCAACACGUCACUGAGACCCUGUCUCACUUCAUCACCCGGGACAAUAGGACACCGCUACAGCGUAAUGUGACUUGACUGAGGCGGCUGGCAGAGAAGGCCGCCACCACCACCCCACAUCUGGCCGUGUGACUGGCCUCCCUCAGGACCACCGUGGCCACCAAGGUUCCCUCCCAGGAUCCUGCUGUCAACCCUCGAAAAAGUACUAGAAUAAGAUGAACAGCCAGCUUGAUCCCCUGAUGGGCAUCUUGAAAGAGCGCAUUGGUCACAUGGAGAAGGAUCAGCUGACCUCCCACCAAUCAGAGCUCACGUACUUCUUGAUUUCUUUGGACUUCCGGGCCCAACACUGCCAGGGUGAUCUGGAGAAGACUGAGGAGAUGGAGCGCGAUCUGAUUUACUGUCUCCUGGCCUUUGUCAUAAAGCUGUCUGAAGUCUCCUUCAGGCCACUGUUCUUCAAAGUCUGUCGGACAGCAUUGCAGACUGGCUGUAGUCCCUAGGGGCUCUCCAUCCUGUUCGCUGGUCACCUGGUCAAGCCCUUCUCUGACUUGCUCCGCCAGACCAACAUCACUAAGACAGACGAAGCCUUCUUUGACACAGAGGACAACAUUGAGAAGAGCUGCCCACUGCUGGAGUACAUACUGGACUGCCUCCAUAAGAUCUGCCUGUACGACACAAAGCGCUUCGUCAGCACGGAGAGAGCCAAUGCCCUCAUGACCCUUCUGGUCGAUCAGUUAAACACCCUAGGGGGAGAAGAGGUUUACCAUACCAGAGUCACCAAGCACCUGGUGCUGUGCGUGGGCCACUUCUGCUUUGCCGUAGUAGACGACACUCGGUGGUAGACCCUCAACUACAAGAUCCUGCUGAAGACACGACACAGCUCGGCCAAGGUGCGUUUCUCUACCCUGCUGAUGCUGCUGGAGCUGCCUAACUAAUCCGAGGGAGGACUACAUGGUCUUCCUGAACUCAUGGAGGACGAAUGCGAGAAGGUGGAGCAUCAAGUCCAGAAGAUCAUCCACGAGAUGGAGAACAUUUUGGGAGAGCCUCUUCUGAGUUAUUUAUAAUCUGCGUCCCACUCCCCACCUCUUGACCACCAAACAAGGGCCCAGAUUGGCCCCUAGCCCACUAUGUAAUCCCCCUCCAUCAGAAGCCUGAGCCUCAGCCCCUGUCCCCAGUUUAGCCAUUAUCUGUUUCCCAGAACCAUGUGUCAACCCUGCCUCAAUCAUUCAUAUCGAUAUCUGGUACAUGUAGGAUGGAACUCAAGCAAUAGAUAAUAAACGGUUAGCCAAAGAUGUAUCAUGUGGGAAUGAGAAUAGGAAUAUAUUGAUAUGUUUUGUUAUUUCUGUUUUCCCAUAAUGAAAAGCUUUUUAUGGCAACUAUUUAACUCAUGCCAUUUUCAUACAAUCUAACAAAACCAAAUGUGUAGGGUUGGAGGAGCGCGUUGUGGUUGGAGAACACUUACAUUUUGUCAAGGCGAAGACGGGUGGCCGAGACCGAGACGAGUGGACUUUUCAGGUUUGGAUGGAGUCCCGGGAAAAUAGUGUGGUACGCCAUACGGUUAAAACAUGUGCCUAUGACAAUUAAUACAACAUGCCCAAACAACUAUAGGCUAUUACAGCAUUUCAGCCGCAUUUACAUGUUGUGAAUUGACUGGAUGCUGGGUGGUAAUAACGCUCAAAAUUGCGUUGUGGUUGGAGGAGAACGCUUACAUUUUGUCAAGGCGAAGAUGGGUGACAAAGUCCACCGAGGCGAGUGGACUUUUCGGGUUUGGAUGCUGAAAUCAUUUUUGAACAAUUUGAUAGUGCAAGAAACUCCUGCGCAGCUCUCCUGUGCUCCUGUACAGUGUGUCCCGACACAGGAUAAUGGUCCCUAUAAAGAGCUCGAGAGGAUUACAACUCGCCUUCCGAAUUUAUAAACGAAGUCAUCAUCACUCAGUUGGAAUUAUAGGAGCGCCUUUUUCAAAAGGACAGCCGAAGGAUGGUGUGGAGAAAGGACCAGACCUCAUUCGCUCCGCCGGAUUGGUGGAAAAGCUCAGAGCGCAAGGCUGUGCAGUCAAAGACUAUGGCAACGUGACGUUUGAGGAUGUGGCCAACGAUGAGCCCAUAGGCAAUGUGAAGAGACCCAGAGCGGUGGGCAGCGCCAACCAACGUCUGUCUGCUGCCGUCCACGCCGUGAAGAAUGACGGAUACACCUGUGUGAUGCUGGGAGGAGACCACAGUUUGGCGAUAGGCUCGAUCCAGGGGCAUGCAGCAGCUAAGAAGGACCUCAGUGUGGUAUGGGUGGACGCCCAUGCAGACAUCAACACACCCCUGACCUCCCCUACAGGCAAUAUCCACGGACAGCCCAUGUCCUACCUCAUCCACGAGCUGCACUCCAAGAUUCCAGUUCUUCCCAACUUCUCCUGGAUAAAGCCAUGUGUAUCAGCCAAAGACAUAGUCUACAUUGGCUUGAGAGACGUGGAUCCAGAAGAGCACCAUAUCCUGACGUUGCUGGGUAUCAAAAGUUACUCCAUGACAGAGGUGGAUCGCCUUGGAAUAUCCAAAGUGAUGGAGGAGACAUGUGACUACAUCUUCUCAAAGGUGAAGAAGCCCAUCCACCUGAGCUAUGACAUCGAUGCCCUGGACCCAUCCAUCUCCCCGGCCACAGGAACACCAGUAGUGGGAGGGCUGACCUACAGAGAGGGAGUCUACAUCACAGAGCACAUCUGUCAGACAGGGAUGCUGUCUGCAGUGGACAUGGUGGAGGUGAACCCAAAGAGAGGCAAGACGGAGGAUGAGAUCAUCUCCACGGUCAACGCUGCAGUAGAUCUGAUACGUGGCUGCUUCGGAAAGCUCCGGGAGGGAAACCACCCUGCAGACUACAAGAUGCCCCUGCCUUGAGCUGCCAACUACCACAGAGCCUUCGAUUACAGUGAAGGGCUGUGGCCAGCACCACCUUUCUGCACUUCAAAGUCAUCUUGACUCUUUUUCUGUAAUCCAGUUAACAAAUUGCCCUUUGUAUCAAAUCAUGGAGAGAUUAAAAUAGAUACCAUAUUUUUUUUUUUCAGAA